AUGGGUUCUCAAGGAAUUAACAGCAGUGAGUUAUCCCAAGGUCAAGCCCAUUUGUACAAGCAUAUGUUAUCCUACGCAACACCCAUGUCUCUAAAAUGUGCAAUUCAACUAGGCAUACCAAACAUAAUCCACAACAAUGGCCAAGGCCAAGGCCAACCCAUUACUCUCCCUGAGUUGGUCUCUGCCCUUCAACUUGCUCCAGCUCAAACUGGUUUCCUUUACCGUCUGAUGCGCCUAUUAGUACACUCUGACUUGUUCACAGCAAAGAAAGUUAUUAGCCAAAAUGAAGAAGAAGUAGAUGCAUAUGGUCUCACACCUUCAUCUAGAUUACUUCUCACUAAUAAUGGUAAUAAUGAGGUCACAAGCUUGUGCCCCUAUGUUCUUGCCGUGCUUGAUCCUUCUACUGUAACUUCAUUCCAUUUCCUUGGAAGUUGGUUCCAGCAGAAAGAUGCAACUCCAAGUCCACACACCUCCCCGCCUGUUUCCCUUGUUCCUCCUCCUCCAAUCCACACACCUUCUCGUCUAACCUCAGCCCCACCAUCUACAAUAAUCUCCACCUCACCCACACCGCUAGCCAAUAUCCACUUUUUACUGAACACAACCCAGAUUCAUUAUAAUGCCAAAUUAGUUUGA